AUUUGGAAUAAGAGAAAAAGGAAAGUAAUUUUUUAUAAAAUUCGUAUUUCCUUUGGAUAAUGAUUAAGUGAGUAUACUAUUCUGUAUAUCUUUCCGCUCAUUAAAGGGUAGACGAGACUUCGGGUAAUUACAGUAGGCGUCGCUCCUUCGGGAUUGAGGGCUAUUGUGCACAACCGCUGGUUAGACGCUGAUUGGCUUAUUAUAUCAAAUGUGACAACUCUACACGGAGAUAAAUGUAGAUAUUUGUCAAAGAACAUGGGUGGCUAUUCCUAUUGAUCAAAUGAUAUGCAACUCUCAUAUUCCAUGUAAUGACAUAAACAUGUAAUAUGCGCUAAUAUACCACACUUGAGAAGUAACACUUUUUAUGACGAUGGCAAGUGCUAACGCGCGUGUCUACCCUACACUCGCAGACGACUGGCAACUGGCCGCUAAGAUAAGAGUAGCAGACGAUCACUCAAUGGAUAUAGAGGAUGAGUGGACUGUUCUCCACGGGAGAUUUCCGUGGAAUUGCUACAGAUCGCAGACUAUAGAACAGAAAUACAUGAUCUUCAGAAAAGAGAAAAUGUUACGCAUAUCUAAACAUUCACCGAUCUCGUCCAUCGUGAUGGGAGGCGUAGCUUUCUCGCUUAGCAUUUUUCAUUUCAAGGAAGAGAAAGUAGCGGCCAUAUUGUCCACGUGCAUAUUCUUACUGGUGAAUGUCGCUAUCCUAAGUUUGUACGUAGCCAGGGAAAUUCAGACCAGUGUUUCACACCUCGUGGCACAGUUUGUCAACAUCUUACCGUUUUUCCUACUGGUGUGCUGGCAGUUUCUGGAUAUGCAGGACAUCGCGGUAACCAGUACAAGGCAGGAGUGGGUCGUGUAUUUUGUAUUUCUCGCCUUCAUCACCCUCCCCAUGCGAUACUGGGCCUGCUGUGGACUGACUUUUAUAUUGUUUUUAGGACACGUAUCAACCAUUGUAUAUAAAUUGACAAGAAAGGGAAUAUCGUCCACAGACAUUGUAUAUCAGAUUUCUUUGAGCACAACGAUAUUUUUCUGCACAUGCGCCUUUGGUAGCUACAUGUAUCACCGAAUGGAUUCCUACCUAAGAAAUGCGUUCUUUGCUGUGAAGAACUCGUUCCUGACAAACAUUGCUAUUGAACGCACCCAAACCCUCCAGAAAAAUCUUCUUUCCGUCGUUUUGCCAAAAGACGUAGUAGUGGCGAUAUCACGUGAUUUCUCCGUGUACAGUUCAAAUUCAUUUCGGGACCUCUGCAAUAAAUGUCACGAGGAUGUGAGUAUGGUAUUCUGUACCGUGGUGGGGUUAAGUGACAUCGCAGACAGAUCACCCAAGUCCUGCAUACUAUUGAUCAACGACCUGAUGACACAGUUCACUUACCUGGCAAAGAAGCACUUCAUGGAGGAAGUUGGCUGGACAUUGAGUGAGUAUUCUGCUGUAUGUGGGGCCCGGGAGACGCGGACGGACCACCCGAUUCUGACUGUGUACAUGGCUAUGUCUAUGUUGGAUUAUAUGAGGGAACUGAAAGUGAAAGUGAAACUGUCCACUGUGCACCUACGGAUCGCUGUCCAUACGGGGGAUGUGGUUACAGCUGUACUUGGAACCAGGCACUGCAAAUACCAACUAUUGGGAAAGGACGUUAUAGAGGCCAAAUCUUUGUUACUGCGGGCUCGCAAUGGACAAGUUUUGAUUUCCAGUAACACAAGAUCAACCCUUCACGAUGAAUUCAUCAUCGAAGCAAUCACAGACUCGAUAUACUCAGUGAAAUUAGUCAUAAAACGGUUUAGCGCCACUGAUCAUGAAAUGGGAAUCGCUGCGCGCAGGAUUCACAGAAAGAAAUUGGAGGAAGACGUCCAGACACUCAGAGACAUGAGCAGAAAGUACCGGGAGUUGAAGAGAAAGCGGUCCAGCCUGCAGGCCAUGUACCAAAACUCCAUCAAACCUGUGUUCGACAGAAAACGGGAAAAUCUCAGCCUUCCGUUUAUAGUCCUUUGUGUUAUUUACACACUGACGAUGUUCUACGUCACUUCCGUCAUUUCUCACGGUUCAGUGAAUGGAAUUAUAGUUCUUGUCGUGGCACUACUGUUUCAGCUCGGCUUUUUACCUCUCACAUUCGUCAUCGGUAAAAUAAAGAACCACAAGUCAAUUCUGACUCUAAUAUUCGGACAUUUGUUUCUAAUCGGACUGGUUACAUACUUCUGUGUUUCAACUGUCAUUUUAUUGGUAGAUUGUAAAACAAAGUUUACCUCGUCCAACAACACAGUUUUAGCUGGUUCCCCUCCAUACAAUGUGUGUUCCUACCCCUCCUUCGUCAUCACGGCCGCUGUCAGCCUGCUGGUAGUCUUCUCGACCUGUAGUGUGGUUGGCCUGGCCACCAAGCUCUGUCUUAUCACAGCUAUUGCUGCGCUACAGUAUGUCGUGGAUUUCAGUGCCUUUCCUGGAUUUUCUGUAUGGUUUUUCGACUAUCCCUUGUCUCCAGUGCCAAAUUAUGACAUCACAGCCCAUUUCAGUGGAAUCUGUGUAUCUGUAAUUCUGUUGAACAUACAGAUCUCCAGGCUAGGAAGUGAACUUGUAGCUGUAACAGUUAGGAACCAGCGAAAGACCCAACAGCUUCUGGGCUGUAAGCGGAGGUACAGGAUGCUGGUGCUUGAGGCGUUCCCUUACAACAUGGCGACAGGUUUUCUUCGCCAUAUUGACAAUCAAAGGAACUUGUUUGAGGGGGCAGUGAACACUGUCGGUAUAGCGAUGCUCUCGGUAUCAGAUCGCGAGGAAUACGACGAUCCGGACAACGAAACAGUCAACGCUGAUCACAAAGUCACGCAAUUCGUUGAAAAGAUAGACAAGGUCUUGCAGGAGAUUUCGUACAACAAGGUCCACCGCAUGGCUUCUUCUGUGACAUCACACAUAUUUAUCAGCGGAAUAAUUUACGGGGUACAGGUGCAAGCGGAUGACUACAGCCAUUUAGACCAAUUGAUAAACUUUCUACGGCAAGUUCAGAAUAUAUGCUCGGAGAUGAAUAUUGACAACACGAAAGCAGGUGUUCACGUUGGAUGCACGCUGUCUAGUAUGGUGGGUGGAUCGAGAGCUAGGUGGGGCGCUUGGGGAGCAACAGUUGACGUUGCAAACGACAUUCAUAAAGCCACACCAACAAACACAAUUAAGGUAUCCAAAAGGGCUACAGAUAUUUUGGAGACAUUUGGACACAAAUUUGAUGACCCCGAGAAUUUAAAAAUCAUGGAUUCGUGGAUAACAGUUCGGAACUAUAAAGAGCCUAAUCUCACGUGACCUUACGUAAAUAUUAUUUGCAACGAGAUACAGCUUAGAAUAGAUGGUUUAUUCAGAGACGGUUACUUAUGCAGAGAGAAAGUUUAAUAAAAGUGAGUGCCUAAUGAUGGAAUCUGUCUAAAAUUAAAAACUAUAUUCGGAGACGGAUUUCCUAUUGCCUAAUACAGGGACAUCGCCUAAUACAGGGGCAUUGCCUAGAAAUUUUGUAUAACUCCAAGUAAAUUAUCAAUCGAGACUGGAACAAGGUACACUGUGUAUUAUGGAGAAAGAGCCCGAGGACACAAUGGGGUUGCUGCUUGAACACCGUUAACCUUAGUUUUCUAAGCGUACAAAUUGUAGAGAGAAAACAAUAUGUAAUUCGUGCUCAUUUCGUAUCGAACUUUCAUUUUAUUGUUUUCGUGUUGCUGACUUUAACGGUUUCAAAUAACACUUGGAUUACAGGAAGUUGAUGGUGUGAUAUUAAUGAUCAGGCGGCAGCUUGAAAGUGAUAUUAAUGAUCAGGCGGCAGCUUGACCAUGGUCAAAAUCCCGAAUAGCCGAGUGGUUAGAGCACCAAACUAGAAAUGAAGGUGUGCCAAGAUCAAACCACUCUCCCGGAAAUUUUAAAAAUCCCCUCACAUUACUUUUACUCUUGGCUAACCCAUGAAGAGACUUCGGAGAUUUCUUAGAUGAAACUCGGUAAAGUGAAUCCCUUAAGAAACAAGGUAGUGCUAAUGAUUAAGGUUUCCUGAUAGCCUAUAUUUCUUCUUGGAUUGUUAUUCGGAAUAUCGUCAUCCCCUCCCCCACUUGAUGUUAAUAUGGAUAUCUGUUCUUCUUCAGUAUAGAAACGUCUAUUAAAAAUAAACCAAC